AUGGCGGUCGUGGCUCUUGUGGGGGUUGAGCGUGCUGGAGCCGUGAGGGAGCAUGCGGCUCUUUGGUCGGAUGCUGCCGGGGAUCUUUGGAUGGAGAGUGCGCAGGUGCAUGGGGCAACGGCUUGCUUCCUCAAUGGCGUCGACGUUGGAGUGGUGUUGGGCCACAUGCGACAGUUGAUUGUCGACAUGGGAGGACAGCCCGCCGAACCCAAACCUGAACCCCAGCCGGCGAGUAUGCUCGAACCAGGCGCAGGGAUGAACUUGAACGAAUGUGGCGACUUGGUCAUCCAUGGCCGGCGCGUGCUUCUCAAUGACCUCGACGUUCUCGGUGACCUGGGAGCACUUCAGGCCGCAGUCACCGAAAUGCAGCCCACCAUGGCUUUUCCCACCGAUCUCUCGCCAACCCCAUGCGUGCCCUCUCAUGCGACCAGCAUGGAGACCACGGUCUCUUCAGAUGUGCUUGGUCAUCUCUAUCUCAACUCGAGCACGACUCGCCAAAUCCGAAUCAACGGCGUCGACUUUUUGGGCGCCCUGCAGGAUUUACAGCGCGCCGUGGCUCAGCUCCAGGCAGCCACAACACCUCAACCCUCAACCACCCUUGCCACGUCCACCUCAACCACCCUUGCCACGUCCACCUCAACCACCCUUGCCACGACUACCUCAACCACCCUUGCCACGUCCACCUCAACCACCCUUGCCACGUCCACCUCAACCACCCUUGCCACGUCCACCUCAACCACCCUUGCCACGUCCACCUCAACCACCCUUGCCACGUCCACCUCAACCACCCUUGCCACGACUACCUCAACCACCCUUGCCACGUCCACCUCAACCACCCUUGCCACGUCCACCUCAACCACCCUUGCCACGGCUACCUCAACCACCGUUACCCAUCCUGCAUCUUCAACGACCGCCCAGUCAGCCCCCACCACCUCUGGCGUACCCAUAAUUUACGCGGGAGACGUGGGAUGUAAUUUAUCUUCGGUUCCAGCUGGCGUCACAAACAUCACUGGUAGCCUCAGAUUAUACAAUUGCGGUGACUCACUCACCGCUGCGGACCUCCACAUCUUCAAUAACCUGGCGCGAGUUGACGGCUCUGUCAUCAUUUAUAACAAUGAUGCACUGACCAACAUCGACGCCCUCGGUCGUCUUGCCAGCGUUGGUGACCGCAUUCAGAUUUACCACAACAAUUUGCUGGCCAACGUCAACGGCCUCGGCAGCGUCACAAAAACCAAUGUUCUGUAUUUCACCAUGAACCCUGCGUUGGCAAACAUGGACGGUCUAAACGAGCUCACGGAUGUCACGGACUAUUUCAUGGUUGGGGCCAAUGCCGCCCUGACCAACCUUGAUGGCCUGCGCAGUCUCAACAGCGUGCAUGGCUACCUCUACUUUACGUGUCGGCCCAUCGUCGCAGCGCCGUUCUCCCCAAAGAGCCCCAGUCCAUCCAUCCGUCCAUUCGUCGUCGCGAAGCCUCUUGACACCGGCCUCAUGACCGUGACGGAAGCGGCUGCCGCCAUGCAGUCGCCCUGCUCACACAUGGUGCUCUGGCACAGAAUUGAUGACGAGCGCAAGGAGGUGGAAACCAUGCGGCAGGAUGUCCAAGCGCUGCAAGCGAUGGUGGUGGCACAGACAGCACAGUUGACCAUGUCAAAGUCCUCGGAAGACGACGAAGAUCAGUUCACCGCCGCCUUGGACGAGCAGCGCAACCGCAGUCGCGAGCUGCAAGCCCGCGUCAACAAGGCCGAACUGGCCCGCGAUGACCUCCAGCACCGUGUCAAUCAACUCAACGAUCUCCUGGAUAAGGAACGCAAAGCCAACGCAAACCUUCGAUCCCGCAUGCUUCAGGCCGAGAGCACCGGCUCCCUGGAUAGCCUGGCCAUGCCCAACCUGUCCGUCCGGGCUGGUAGCGGAACAGGCAUGUUGACCCUGCAACACAUCAACCGCAUCGCCGCCCUCGAACAGGAGAACCGCACCCUCAAGCGUGCGGCGCGCAAGGUGGCGCCCGCCAACGACGUAAGCCUGAGCCAGGAUGAUCUCAACGAGAUGCGCCAUCUUCGCAAGAACUUGGCCGUGGCAUGUGCCGAUGUGGCUCGCUUGACAGUGGAGCUGGACCAGCUGCGUGAGACGGGCAUCUCGGGCACACACGAUGCCAAGCGCGGAGACGACAAGAAGCGCAUGCAGACUCAGAUUGAUCAGCAGCAACAACAGAUUGAGCGUCUGCGUCAACUCCUGACAGACAGCGAUCAGCGCCUGCAGACAGCGCUCAUGGUCAUGCAGAGCAUGCAAGAGCAAGCGUGCAUCAAAAUCAGCGUCAAAAAGGAGACCGUCCAUACGCGCGAACAAAAGAAUUCGGGCAAGUUUGUCCCCGUCAGCCGAUCCGAGGAGAACUCAAGCGUUACUUGGUUUACGGACGAGCGGACCAAGAAUGUCAAGGACGGCCCUUUCGUGCCCUCAGAGGACCGCAUUCUGCUGCAAGCACAAAUGCAACAUGGCAACGAUUGGAUCGAGGUCGCCAAGAUGCUGCCGGGCCGCACCGAUGAGGCAAUCCGACUGCGUUGGCAGGAGCUCUCCAGUGUGUUGAUGCCACGAGCCAACGAGCGUAGCUUUGGGUCUGAUGUCGAAGAAGCGGCGCCAAUUUCCCCCCGGUCCCCUCGCUCGCCGGGCCGGGCCGCAGAGCAGCAGCGCUCGACCAAGUUUGUGUACGAGCAGGCCAGCUCGAGCCGCCCUGAUGAAGGCCGGCAUGAGUACACCCAUGCACGCCGGCCUACGGAACCCAUGUAUGAGACGGCAGACGUCAUCGACUGUCCGCCCCGAGCCACGGAAAUUACACCGCUGAUGGCCGAGCAAAGCCAUGAGAGCAACGGCGGUGCUCUUCCGCUGCCCACGGAUGUGCACGGCAACGACGUGAUGCUCCAGGAUGAACAAGUGGCGAUCCUGCGGGCUACGCUCGGCACUGAGAUGCAGCUCCGCGGCGGCACCUUUCUCAGCGCGUCCUGGCCCGCCGUGCAUCUCGCGCCCCUGCGCUUUGCCUGGCAAAUCGAGGAUGAACUGCACACCUGUCAAACGCAAGUCCAAGCCGUCAAGCUUGAAGGCAACGCCGUUGCCAACUGCAUCAACUCGGAAUUUCCCCUGCCAGCAGGCAGUCCCAAUCUGCAUUGCAAGUUUGUACAAGUGGCGCCACAAGUCCUGGAGCUGGACGAAUACGCGAUUCAGAUCACGCUCGAUCGCUCCCGCAUGGCAACAUUUGUCCAGCCCGGACCCGACGCUUCCAACGAUGCUGCCUCUGCUACACCAGCUGCGGGUGGCAGGCCUAAUGCCAGCGUCAACCAGGACAGCUACUUUUUGACGAGUGGCCGUCUUGCAGGCGUCGGCCGUUUCUCCUUGGCCGCCGUCUUUGAUGGCCACUCGCCCGGUGGCGAGCGCGCCUCACAAUGUGCCGCCGACACGCUCAACAAAAUUGUCGGCGCCGCUGUCCGCCGUGAAGCCGAUCGCCUCCCAGAGUUGGUCGCCAACCAUCGCUUGGAAUUAUGGGAGCAUGUAGCACACGAGCCGGACACCUUGCUUAAAGCCAUCUUCAAACGCCUGCAUACCGCCAUCAUUGACGAUUAUGCACAAUGGCCAGCCGAAUAUGAAUACACACAAGGUGGACAGCUGCAUCGUUUUGCCCGCCUCGACCACCCCAAAUGGGGUCAAUGCAUUGUACGGCAUGAUGGCCACACCAGUCCACUUGACUACGGUACCACGGCUGCCAUCGCCCUGCUUCUUCAUCUCUCUGACGAUCGAAUGAUGUUUGCAUGCGCGCAUGCCGGUGAUUCCCUCGUGGCCCUUGCCCGUUGCAACCAACCGCUCAAAGCCGAUGGCCUGGAUCUGGGCUAUGUCACACGGCGGCACAACCUUCACUCAGCAGAUGAACGUGAGCGGGUUGCAAGCGUCCUUGGUCAGCGCGGCCACGUCACAGAAGAUCACUACCUGGCUAUCGAUGACGAAGCCGACUUGCGGGCGCACCAAGUGCAAAUUUCAAAGUCGCUGGGUCAUAAACAGCUGAGUGCAUACGGCGUGUCCUUUGAACCAGAUUGCUAUGUUCGCGUCCUCGAUGCGGAUGAAACAUUUGCCAUUCUUGUUGUCUCGGACGGCAUUACCGACGGCUUGAAGCGAGACGUCAUCCUUGAUGUCCUUGCCCGCACAGCCACGGCACAAGAAGCCGCCCAACAGCUCUGUGAUGACGCACAUGCAAACAACAUGCUCGCUGUCAACAGCUCGGAUGAUUGCACGGCCGUUCUUCUUUGCCUCUAG